AUGGCGCCUCGUGAAAAAAGCUCGCUCAAACGAGGCAGACACAGCGUGGACCUCGAUUCGCAGGAUUUGAAGAAGCCCCGGCGCUCGCAGAGAAUCUCAAGUCAGCAACAACACCAACCCCUCGAGACACCGGUUAUCCAUGACUAUCUACCGACUCCGCUGACCCACGGCAACUCGACGGCCACGGAUAUCCGUAACGAAGUCACGGCCACUCCUCCAGACAGCCCGAACCAACAUGUCAGUCAGCAAACUCCAGCGAAUGAUUUCUCUCAGGCCUAUUCGUCGCCUCCAGGGGAUACGCAAGCCCUGUCACAGUUCAUUUACCCCCCACGGACAUACGCAGACGAGGUGGACGACGAGAGUGCGGAGGGAGUUUGGGGAUACCUCAUUCCGCUUGAUGACAGUGUGAGCGGUGCCGUCGUCUUGAAGCAACGAGAUGGUUGUGACGGGCGUGAUGAGUCCGCCAAUGAUAAAUCCAGCAAGAAGUCCCAGUCGCGCAAACAAGGGAAUGGUCGCGUCCCUGGCGGCUACUUGUUCGGCCGUCAUCCCGAGUGUGAUCUGGUCAUAAACAGCCCAACGAUUUCGAACCGGCAUUUCCUUCUCUUCUCCGAGAAGCGCAAAGGCGAUGUGGUUGCCAUGUUGGAGGAUCUCUCCAGCAACGGAACCUUCGUUAAUGAUGCCUUGGUGGGCCGUAACAAGUCUCGCGAGCUCGAAGAUAGAGAUGAAGUCUCCAUUCUGAACGAGGCUCGAUUUGUCUUCCGUUACCCUCGUACGCGAGAUGCCAGUGGCUUCCGCCACCAUUACCGAAGACUUCAGCAGCUUGGCAAAGGUCAUUUUGCUACGGUGUACCUAUGUGCUGAUCGAACUACGGGCAAGCAGUAUGCCGCCAAGUGUUUCGAGAAACGGCCAGGUGAUUCACAAAAAUCCCAGUCCCAGAAUGAGGCAUUACAGCAAGAGAUUGCUCUUCUGAUGAGUGUGAAUCACCCAAACUUGCUUUGCCUGAAGGACACCUUUGAUGAGACCGAUGGUGCCUAUCUGAUUUUGGAGCUAGCCCCGGAGGGUGAGCUGUUCAACUUGAUCGUGACCAAGCAGAAGCUCAGCGAGGCCGAAACCCGCCAUGUGUUCCGUCAGCUCUUCGAGGGGUUGAAGUAUCUGCAUGAUCGAGGAAUCGUUCAUCGGGACAUCAAGCCCGAGAAUAUUCUUGUCUCGGACAAGAAGCUGACCGUCAAGCUGGGCGACUUCGGUCUGGCUAAGAUCAUUGGGGAGGAUUCAUUCACCACAACCCUCUGCGGUACACCUAGUUAUGUCGCGCCAGAGAUCUUGCAAGAGACCCGCCGGCGACGAUACACCAAGGCUGUGGAUGUCUGGUCCCUGGGUGUGGUACUUUACAUCUGCCUCUGCGGCUUCCCGCCCUUUUCGGAUGAAUUGUACACGCGGGAGAACCCCUACACUCUGGCACAGCAGAUCAAGAUGGGUCGUUUCGACUACCCCUCCCCUUACUGGGACUCUGUUGGCGACCCGGCUCUGGACCUGAUUGACAAGAUGCUCACCGUGGACGUUGAGAAACGCAUCACGGUGGAUGAGUGUCUCGAACAUCCAUGGCUUACCCAAAAGUAUCCUACCGUGAACGACAGCACAGAUGGCCUCACUGGAGCACUUGACAAGCUGGACUUCUCCAAGCGCAAGGUCGAGCGUGAGCGCACUAUGCUGAGUAGUGUUAAUGACGUCCACUUCAGCGAGCAUGCCGAGGGCAGCAGCACUCCAGUCAAGGUCUACCACAAGAACGAGGCUGGGAAGCGAGUGCACAAUCGGCCCAGAGCGUCGCGCCGCGAACCCUCUCCUCGCGGUGAUCGUGAUCCCAAGGACUUUGUGAAUUUGGGCCAAGCUGGAGAUCCUGCCCUUUAUGACUAG